AUGGUAGUUGAUAGAUAUAUUAUAGAAAUAAGACCAGUAUGUGAAAGUACUUUCGAAGGCACAGCAACCAUUCACGUUUCUAUUACCAAUAAGACUACUAUAGGCGAUCCAAUUGUCUUUCAAAUCGACGAUCUGACAAUAGAAUCAAUUCGAUUCUCUGUUGCUGGAGGCAUACCGAAUCUUCGUCCUCGUUUCUAUCCCGAGCCUGACGAUGGAGUAUUAAUAAUAAUUCCUUCUAUUAACGCUACUUUGUACACAUUUAGGAUAGAAUAUACUGGUCUUUUGGAUGUUGUUGGCAAUGGAAUUUAUCGCGGUGAAAAUAUUGACGAGGAAACCUUUGAAGAUGUAGACAUUUUAAGUGUACACGACGAGACAAUAGAAGAAAAAAUAACAGACGUGCAGAACAUUACUAAUAGAAAUGAAAACCGCAAUGACAUAGGACUAAAUAAUGUUAGACCCGGUCAAUCAGUGUUUACCUAUAACAUAGAACUGACAAGAGAAGAUGGAAUCAUUCACGGCAAAGCCAUUUUGGAUGUAAGAUUGACUGACCAAACGAUAGGAAACUUGAUGAAGUUUAAUGUAGAAGGGCUCCAAAUUAAUAAUGUUCAAGUUGGUGUGGUGACCAUAGACAAUCUCCAGGAUGCUGCAUUGGCGUUUGUGAAUAAUAACGUUUUAGAAGUUAGGCCGCAGCAAGCACAAGCGGCUACUUAUAUAGUUGUCAUUGAGUAUACAAUAACGUUAGGCGAUGAUGGUGCUGGCAUAUUUUUGGGGCAAUUGGAUGACGAUGAAUAUAUCGCGAUGAACCUACAUCCAAACAACGCCAGGCGCGUGUUUCCCUGCAUGGACGAGCCCAAUUUGCUAACCACUGGCCUGUCAUUUACCUUCAACGACAUGGGUUUCGAUACAAUAUUGUCGAAUACCCAGCUUGUUCCAGACAGUACAACAACAUUUAGACCUUUACAAGGGCCAGUACAUCGAUGGGCGAUGGUGGCGCAUAAUAUGAACAACAUUAUUAACCCCGUUGCAAACAUGGUGUCACUCUACGUACGAAGAGGAAUCACAAAUCAAGAGACUCAAGCGUCGGUGGCUAUUAACGAAUACUACAAUGCGCUGAACACAUGGACAGCUCUGAAUCAUUCGCAGAUAGCUAUGGAUCAGAAUAGUGCCCUGCAUGUGGUAGCAGUGCCAGAUGUAGCUCGAGACUGGUACGGGCUGUCCACUUUGUGUAUUUGGGAACCAUAUAUCCUCAUGGAAAACAACAACGCUGUAAAGCAAAGGAAGACUGCCUUGGUCACAAUAGCCGAAGGAAUGGCGAGGCAGUGGUUUGGGUGGGUCAUAUUUCCUGAAAAUUGGCGAGACCAAUGGGUUAUCGCAGGUCUAGGCAGCUAUGCUGCUUAUGAAAUUGCCAAGGAGUUUCAAACUCCCCCUGAUAACGAAGAGGGUGUAUCACUUAUAGACAUGAAUACUAUAUUUACAACCGAUGUUAUACAAGAGAGUCUUCUAUAUGAUUCGUAUCAAAGCGCCCAGCCUCUGAGAUUGGGAAAUAACAUAUACGACGAUAAUUUAAUAAGACUACAUACGUUAGGACUGUUGAAAAUGAAAGCGCCGGCGUUGUUACGGAUGACAAGACUGGUGCUGAGUCGACAGACUGAUUUGGUUCAAUCAGCAGCACAAGGACUUUUAAGAAGCAGAUCUUCACAAUCGGUGACGACACGAAACUUGUACGAUGGUCUGAACAGCGGAUAUGGCGGUGGUGCGGGAAGCGGUCUUAUAGGUUCGGUAGAAGACUUUCUCCGCCCAUGGGUGGAGAACAGUGGCUACCCUCUCAUCACCGUUGAAUUACGACAAGGAGGUCUUAAUAUAAUACAGAGGCGUUUUGGUUUCACAGCGAUACCCGAAAUCAACUAUAACAUACCGUUAACGUUUACAACGAGUUCCAACCCACAUUUCGAUGACGUAUUCCCAAGGCAAAUGCUGGAGACCAAUCUACUGUUAGAUGUGCCUCUGGAAGACGAUGAAUGGAUCAUAUUCAAUAUCCAAGGGCAAGGUUACUAUCGCGUUAAUUACGAUCACGGCUUAUGGGAGAGACUCAUUGGAGCCCUGUCAGAUGAAGAGUCCAGAGAAGAAAUCCACCCACUUAAUCGUGCUACCCUUCUUGAUGACUCCUUAAUCUUGGCCCGAGCUGGCAGAAUUGAUUACGAUAUAGCAUUAGAAAUCGCCCUUACAACGGAGCUAGAAACAGAAUAUGCUGUUUGGAAAGCCUUCGUAAGGAACAUGGAAUUCAUCAGGAAACGCCUCGUACCAUUUGUGGAUAACGAUGAACAUGACGAGAAUAUUUACCUGAGGAUGAUCCGAAGAACGAUUGUCACAAUGGAAGAAGAAAUUGGUUUCGAACCGGAUGGUGUGGAGCCUGCGAUGGUAUCCCUGACGCGAGGCCUAGUGAUGGAGCAUGCGUGCAAAGUUGGCUACGAACCUUGUAUCGCUGUCGCAGUUGACAUGUUUUACGACCCAGACAAUGAAGGAGAAGUGAAUCCAAACAUUCCGCCAGAGAUAAGACCGGCUGUGUAUUGCACCAUGGUAAGGGAGGACGACGACGAUGACGUUGUACAAGCUCUCAGAAGACAUUUGGAUGAACUGCAGUCAAGAUAUGAGCGCCUGGUUAUUUUGGAGUCACUUGCCUGUUCCGAAGACGCUGCAUUCAUUCAAGCGUUGCUUUCGGAAACGGUUUCCGAUGACAGCCCGUAUGUAGUGGAAGAGCGGUCGAAGAUCUUCGCAGCCGUAGCAUCAUCGAGUUUCGAGAAUUCACGAAGGGCUCUCCAAUUCCUUACCAGACAAACUGAGGCGAUACGAAACAUGUACGGCGGUCCUGAAAAACUUGAGGAGGUGAUUUUUAUAAUGGCGGAAAACAUUAUUGAUGGAGGCCAAGCCACCGAUUUCAUCAAUUGGGUGAAUUCGCAGAACAGUAUCAGCAAUCUGGACGACUCAAUGCUCGCCGCGCAAAGGGCGAGAGAUCGUAUCAACGAAAAUAUAGCUUGGGCCAACAACAAUUUGGAAGACAUAUACGAAUGGAUCGAUAUGAACGAUGCAUCAACGGUAUUUGUAUCCACUACAUCGUUAUGUUUAGCAAUGAUUAUUGCAUUAUAUAAUCAACAGUAGU